AUGGUGAUGGUGAUGGUGGUUGGUGGUGGUGGUGGUGGUGGUGGUGAUGGUAAUGGUGAUGAUGGUGAUGGUGAUGUUGAUGGUGAUGGUGAUGAUGGUGGUGGUGAUGGUGGUGAUGGUGAUGGUGAUGGUGAUGGUGAUGGUGAUGAUGAUGAUGAUGAUGGUGGUAGUGAUGAUGAUGAUGAUGGUGGUGGUGGUGAUGAUGAUGGUGAUGGUGACGGUGAUGGUGAUGGUGAUGGUGAUGAUGAUGGUGGUGGUGGUGGUGAUGGUAAUGGUGGUGAUGGUGAUGGUGAUGGUGAUGGCGAUAGUGAUGGUGAUGAUGGUGGUGCUGAUGAUGAUAAUGAUGAUGAUGAUGGUGGUGGUGAUGAUGAUGAUGAUGAUGGUGGUGGUGAUGAUGAUGGUGGUGAUGGUGAUGGUGAUGGUGAUAACGGUGAUAGUGAUUUUGAUGACGGUGAUGAUGGUGGUGGUGGUUGUGGUGGUGAUGGUGAUGAUGAUGAUGAUGGUGAUGGUGAUGGUGAUGGUGAUGGUGAUGAUGAUGAUGAUGGUGAUGGUGAUGGUGAUGGUGAUGGUGAUGGUGAUGGUGAUGGUGAUGGUGAUGGUGAUGGUGGUGAUGGUGGUAGUGAUGGUGAUAACGGUGAUAGUGAUGGUGAUGACGGUGGUGAUGGUGGUGGUGGUUGUGGUGGUGAUGGUGAUGAUGAUGAUGAUGAUGAUGAUGAUGAUGAUGGUGGUGAUGGUGGUGAUGAUGGUGGUGAUGAUGAUGAUGGUGAUGAUGAUGAUGAUGAUGAUGAUAGUGAUGAUGAUGUUGAUGUUGUUGAUGAUGAUGUAUAUGAGUUUGUGAGAUGUAGAAAGAAAAGCGAGAGGAUAUUACUAAAAACGGCAUUCAGCAAAUUCACUAAUGAAGAAUCAAAUCCAUUGCUUAUUGAUAUUGAAGAUGCAGACAAUGAAGGAAACAAACUAGUACAACCUCAGAUUAGAAGAGAAGGACAGAAGAAGUUUUCAACACCUAAGAAGAAAACUAAAAAUCAAACUAUUGGUGUGGGGGAACGUGUUAAUGGCACACCAACUCAUUCAAUGCGAAGGGAUCUUAAAGUUGUAGUUUUGAGCUCAGAUUCAAGAUUCAUUGAAAGUUAUGACUUGACAGAAGACAGUGGAUUAAAUAGGGAAAAUGAAUUGAGAACAAAAAGACGUUUUGAUAGAUGUAAAACAAAAGGUGAUGAAGUUGUUGUUAUAAACUCAUUUUCAGGAAAAGAUAAUGUUACUGUCAAAAACCUUGACGAAGAUGAAGACUCUGAUUUUGAGGCAGACAUAACCGUGGUAACAAGGAAAAAGAGAAGGCAUCAUACUUCAUUCAAAGAUGAUGACAAAGAAAAUAUGAAGAAAUUUAAAAGACAAAGGAAUAAAGAAGGAAAUGUGUUGAAGCCAAGAAAACAUCCUAAAGUUGUAGCAAGUGGUGCAGAAGAAGCUAAGCGAAUACAAGUACGGACAUCUCCAAAUGUUUUGUACAGUUGUAUGCAUAACCUUAGCAAGGAACAGGAAGGUUAUAUUUCUUCUAUUGGUCUGGGGCAUUUGUUGAAGAUGAAAGUGGAUGGGUGUGCAUCAAUUAUGGGGCAUUAUAUUGUAAGGAAUUCUAACGCAGAUAGGAUGGUACUCAAACUUCAUCAUGGAGAGAUACCAAUCAAUCGGCAAGUUAUUCACGAAAUGCUGGGUCUGCCUCUGGGACAUGUUACAAUAAAGUCUAUGCCUUAUAGAGAAGUCACAGAUGACACGAUAACUGUUUGGAGAAAACAAUUCGAAGAUGAAGAUAAUAUUAGACCAAGGGCAGUUCAACAAGUUAUUAUGCAGCCAACACGUGCGGAUUUAAUGUUUAAAGUAAACAUCUUUGUCCUGUUGUGUAAUACACUAGGUCAGUCGAUUGUGACAUCCCCAUUUUCACGGCCAGAAAAGACCGAUUUUGUUUAUGCUUUAUAA